GAUUCCUGCUUCUGUUUAGAUACAGCUCUCGCCUUUCCUUCUCUUUUGUUAGUCCCAGCCUGCCCGCUCUGCGGGGCAUGAGUACUAAUUCUCUUUCUGAUUGCCAGAAAUUUCUUUUCCACUGUGUGGGCAGCAGACAGAUACCCCACCCCACCCAACUGUCUCCCCUCUCGUUUAUUUGUUUCGCUUUCCGUUUGUCUCCUUCACCUCCGCCCACCUUCCUCCCCCUUUCUUUCUGUGGAUUCCUCCUCCCCACUUCGACUUCACCAUCCCCCACCUCUGGCCCCCUUCCCCCACCUUUUGCUCUUUUAAACCGAUUCAGUGAUGUCUCAGGAAUACUAGCAUAGCCUCCUCCUUCAGCUGAGCGCAGGACUCUGCAUUCAUUCAAGAGCAAUGUUCUGUGAUGGUGCCCGAGAUGCGUGGACUGAGCCCAGGCCGAAGGCUGCCCGAGCCCGCCUUGUGCCCGCCUGUGGGCGGGAGCCCUGAGCCCGGGGCCGCUGGCCGCCUCCGCCACAUCCUGGCCCUGCCGGAGGACGAGGCAUGGCGACCCCAGCAGUGCGCCCUGCUCGAGGCCGACGCCUCGGACGAGGUGGGCAUGCUGCCGGCCUCCCCGCGCGGCGCUGUCGCCGGCUUCGACAACUUCUUCCCUGUGCAGGAGGGCGAGGGCCCGGGCUGGGAAGGCGGAUCGAGCCCCUUCCUCCCGGUGAGCCCGGAGGUCAUGAAGCGGCGGCGCGGCGGCCUCAUCGAGCAGCGGGACGUGAUCAAGGCGCACGAGGCGCACAAGAUGCACAGCACCCCGCAGGCCCGGCGCAAGGAGUGGGAGAUGGCUCGCUUCGGGGAGGCGGUGGUCGGCAGGCCGGGGUCGGGAGAUGGAGAUUCGGACCAGAGCAGGAACCGACAAGGAACCCCGGUGCCAGCCUCGGGGCCGGCGGCCGCCUACAAGCAGUCGAAAGCGCAGAGGGCGCGGACUAUGGCUUUGUACAACCCCAUUCCUGUCCGGCAGAACUGUUUCACCGUCAACAGAUCCCUGUUCAUCUUCGGAGAAGAUAACAUUGUCAGGAAAUACGCCAAGAAGCUCAUCGAUUGGCCUCCAUUUGAGUACAUGAUCUUGGCCACCAUCAUUGCCAACUGCAUCGUCUUGGCCCUGGAGCAGCAUCUUCCCGAGGAUGACAAGACCCCGAUGUCCCGAAGACUGGAAAAGACAGAACCAUAUUUCAUUGGGAUCUUCUGCUUUGAAGCUGGUAUCAAAAUUGUGGCCCUCGGGUUCAUCUUCCAUAAGGGUUCAUAUCUCCGCAAUGGUUGGAAUGUUAUGGACUUCAUCGUGGUCCUCAGUGGCAUCCUGGCCACUGCGGGAACCCAUUUCAACACCCACGUGGACCUGAGGACCCUCCGGGCGGUGCGCGUGCUAAGGCCCUUGAAGCUCGUGUCAGGGAUUCCUAGCCUGCAGAUUGUGUUGAAGUCCAUCAUGAAGGCCAUGGUACCUCUUCUGCAGAUUGGCCUUCUGCUCUUCUUUGCCAUCCUGAUGUUUGCUAUCAUUGGCUUGGAAUUCUACAGUGGGAAAUUACAUCGUGCAUGCUUCAUGAAUAAUUCAGGUAUUCUAGAAGGAUUCGAUCCCCCGCACCCAUGUGGUGUGCAAGGCUGCCCAGCUGGUUAUGAAUGCAAGGACUGGAUCGGCCCCAAUGAUGGGAUCACCCAGUUUGAUAACAUCCUUUUUGCUGUGCUGACUGUCUUCCAGUGCAUCACUAUGGAAGGGUGGACCACCGUGCUGUACAAUACCAAUGAUGCCUUAGGAGCCACCUGGAAUUGGCUGUACUUCAUCCCCCUGAUCAUCAUUGGAUCCUUCUUUGUUUUGAACCUAGUCCUCGGAGUCCUUUCUGGGGAAUUUGCCAAAGAGAGAGAGCGAGUGGAGAACAGGAGAGCGUUCAUGAAACUGCGACGCCAGCAGCAGAUUGAGCGUGAACUGAAUGGCUACCGGGCCUGGAUUGACAAAGCCGAGGAAGUCAUGCUUGCUGAAGAAAAUAAAAAUGCUGGGACAUCAGCCUUAGAAGUGCUUCGAAGGGCCACCAUCAAAAGGAGCCGGACGGAGGCCAUGACCCGAGACUCCAGCGAUGAGCACUGCGUUGAUAUCUCUUCUGUGGGCACACCACUUGCCCGAGCCAGUAUCAAGAGCACAAAGGUAGAUGGAGCGUCCUAUUUCCGGCACAAGGAAAGGCUUCUACGCAUCUCUAUUCGCCACAUGGUUAAAUCCCAAGUGUUUUACUGGAUCGUCCUGAGCCUUGUGGCUCUCAACACUGCCUGUGUAGCCAUCGUGCAUCACAACCAGCCCCAGUGGCUCACUCACCUCCUCUACUAUGCAGAGUUUUUGUUUCUGGGGCUCUUCCUUUUGGAGAUGUCCCUGAAGAUGUAUGGCAUGGGGCCUCGCCUUUAUUUUCACUCUUCAUUCAACUGCUUUGAUUUUGGGGUCACGGUGGGCAGCAUCUUUGAAGUAGUCUGGGCAAUCUUCAGACCUGGUACAUCUUUUGGAAUCAGUGUUUUGCGAGCUCUCCGGCUUCUAAGAAUAUUUAAAAUAACCAAGUAUUGGGCAUCUCUUCGGAAUUUGGUGGUCUCCUUGAUGAGCUCCAUGAAGUCCAUCAUCAGUUUGCUCUUCCUUCUCUUCCUCUUCAUCGUUGUUUUCGCUCUGCUAGGCAUGCAGCUGUUUGGAGGCAGGUUUAACUUUAAUGAUGGGACUCCUUCAGCAAAUUUUGAUACCUUCCCUGCAGCUAUCAUGACUGUGUUCCAGAUCCUGACAGGGGAGGACUGGAAUGAGGUAAUGUACAAUGGCAUCCGUUCCCAGGGUGGAGUCAGUUCAGGCAUGUGGUCAGCUAUCUACUUCAUUGUGCUUACCUUGUUUGGAAACUAUACAUUACUGAAUGUCUUCUUGGCCAUUGCCGUGGACAAUCUGGCCAAUGCCCAGGAGCUGACCAAGGAUGAGCAGGAGGAAGAGGAGGCCUUCAACCAGAAACAUGCACUACAGAAGGCCAAGGAGGUCAGCCCGAUGUCUGCACCCAACAUGCCUUCUAUCGAAAGAGACAGAAGGAGAAGACACCACAUGUCGAUGUGGGAGCCACGCAGCAGCCACCUGAGGGAGCGGAGGCGCCGGCACCACAUGUCAGUGUGGGAGCAGCGUACCAGCCAGCUGAGGAGGCACAUGCAGAUGUCCAGCCAAGAGGCCCUUAACAAAGAGGAGGCCCCACCGAUGAACCCCCUCAACCCGCUCAACCCACUGAGCCCCCUCAAUCCACUCAAUGCUCACCCCAGCCUCUACCGGAGGUCCAGGCCCAUUGAGGGCCUGGCUCUAGGCUUAGGCCUGGAAAAGUGUGAGGAGGAACGCAUCAGCCGGGGGGCGUCCCUCAAAGGGGAUGGAGGUGACCUGACCAGUGCCCUGGACAACCAGAGGAGCCCCUUGUCCCUAGGCAAACGGGAGCCACCGUGGCUGGCCAGGCCUUGUCAUGGGAACUGUGACCCCACCCAGCAGGAGGCUGGGGGAGGAGAGACUGUGGUAACCUUUGAGGACCGGGCCAGGCACAGGCAGAGCCAGAGGCGCAGCCGGCACCGUCGUGUCAGGACUGAAGGCAAGGAGUCUGCAUCGGCCUCCCGGAGCAGGUCUGCCAGCCAGGAGCGGAGUCUGGAUGAAGGUGGGGACCCUGAGGGAGAGAAGGACCAUGAGUUCCGGGGCAGUCACGGAGGCAAGGAGCCAACCAUCCAUGAAGAGGAACGAUCCCAGGAUUUAAGGAGGACCAACAGUCUGAUGGUGCCCAGAGGCUCUGGGCUGGCAGGAGCCCUGGAUGAGCCAGACACACCCCUGGUCCUGCCCCAGCCUGAGCUGGAAGUGGGGAGGGAUACAGUGCUGGUGGAGCAGGAGGCAGAAGGCAGCAGCGAGCAAGCCCUCCUCGGAGAUGUGCAGCUGGACGUGGGCCGGGGCAUCAGUCAGAGUGAGCCGGACCUGUCCUGCAUCACAGCCAACACAGACAAGGCCACUACCGAGAGCACCAGUGUCACUGUCGCCAUCCCCGAAGUGGACCCCUUGGUGGAUUCAACAGUGGUACACAUUAGCAACAAGACUGAUGGAGAAGCCAGUCCCUUGAAGGAGGCAGAGAUCAAAGAGGAGGAGGAAGAAGUAGAGAAGAAGAAGCAGAAAAAGGAGAAGCGAGAGACGGGCAAAGCCAUGGUGCCCCACAGCUCCAUGUUCAUCUUCAGCACCACUAACCCGAUCCGGAGGGCCUGCCACUACAUUGUAAACCUGCGCUACUUUGAGAUGUGCAUCCUCCUGGUGAUCGCAGCCAGCAGCAUUGCCCUGGCAGCAGAGGACCCAGUCCUGACCAACUCGGAGCGCAACAAAGUCCUGAGGUAUUUUGACUAUGUUUUCACAGGAGUGUUCACCUUUGAGAUGGUUAUAAAGAUGAUAGACCAAGGCUUGAUCCUGCAGGAUGGGUCCUACUUCCGAGACCUCUGGAACAUCUUGGACUUUGUGGUGGUGGUUGGUGCAUUGGUGGCCUUUGCUCUAGCGAACGCUUUGGGAACCAACAAGGGGCGCGACAUCAAGACCAUCAAGUCUCUACGGGUACUCCGAGUUCUGAGGCCCCUGAAAACAAUCAAGCGCUUGCCCAAGCUUAAGGCUGUGUUCGACUGUGUGGUGACCUCCUUGAAGAAUGUCUUCAACAUACUCAUUGUCUACAAGCUCUUCAUGUUCAUCUUUGCUGUCAUCGCAGUUCAGCUCUUCAAGGGAAAGUUCUUUUAUUGCACAGACAGUUCCAAGGACACGGAGAAGGAGUGCAUAGGCAACUAUGUAGACCAUGAGAAAAACAAGAUGGAGGUAAAGGGCCGGGAAUGGAAGCGCCAUGAAUUCCACUAUGACAACAUCAUCUGGGCGCUGCUGACCCUCUUCACAGUGUCCACAGGGGAAGGAUGGCCUCAGGUUCUACAGCAUUCUGUAGACGUGACAGAGGAAGACCGAGGCCCAAGCCGCAGCAACCGCAUGGAAAUGUCCAUCUUUUACGUGGUCUACUUUGUGGUUUUUCCUUUCUUCUUUGUCAAUAUCUUCGUGGCUCUCAUCAUCAUCACCUUCCAGGAGCAAGGAGACAAGAUGAUGGAGGAGUGUAGCCUGGAGAAGAAUGAGCGGGCUUGCAUCGACUUUGCCAUCAGUGCCAAACCGCUCACCCGCUACAUGCCGCAGAAUAGGCACACCUUCCAGUACCGUGUGUGGCACUUUGUGGUGUCUCCAUCCUUUGAGUACACCAUCAUGGCCAUGAUUGCCUUGAACACUGUGGUGCUGAUGAUGAAGUAUUACUCUGCUCCCUGUACCUAUGAGUUGGCCCUGAAGUACCUGAAUAUUGCCUUCACCAUGGUGUUCUCCCUGGAAUGUGUCCUGAAGAUCAUCGCUUUUGGCUUCUUGAACUAUUUCCGAGAUACCUGGAAUAUCUUUGACUUCAUCACCGUGAUUGGCAGCAUCACAGAAAUUAUCCUGACAGACAGCAAGCUGGUGAACACCAGUGGUUUCAAUAUGAGCUUUCUGAAGCUCUUCCGAGCUGCCCGUCUCAUAAAGCUUCUGCGUCAGGGCUACACCAUACGUAUUUUACUGUGGACCUUUGUGCAGUCCUUCAAGGCCCUUCCCUAUGUCUGCCUUUUGAUUGCCAUGCUUUUCUUCAUUUAUGCCAUCAUUGGGAUGCAGGUAUUUGGAAACAUCAAAUUAGAUGAGGAGAGUCACAUCAACCGGCACAACAAUUUCCGGAGCUUCUUUGGGUCCCUCAUGCUACUCUUCAGGAGUGCCACAGGUGAGGCCUGGCAGGAGAUUAUGCUGUCAUGCCUUGGGGAGAAAGGCUGCGAACCUGACACCACUGCCCCAUCUGGGCAGAAUGAGAAUGAGCGCUGUGGCACUGACCUGGCCUAUGUUUAUUUCGUCUCCUUCAUCUUCUUCUGCUCCUUCUUGAUGCUCAACCUGUUUGUGGCUGUCAUCAUGGACAACUUUGAGUACCUGACUCGGGAUUCCUCCAUCUUGGGACCUCACCACUUGGACGAGUUUGUCCGCGUCUGGGCAGAAUAUGACAGAGCAGCAUGUGGCCGCAUCCAUUACACUGAGAUGUAUGAAAUGCUGACUCUCAUGUCACCACCGCUAGGCCUCGGCAAGAGAUGUCCCUCCAAAGUGGCAUAUAAGAGAUUGGUCCUGAUGAACAUGCCCGUAGCUGAGGAUAUGACAGUCCACUUCACCUCCACGCUUAUGGCUCUGAUCCGGACAGCUCUGGACAUUAAAAUUGCCAAAGGUGGCGCAGACAGGCAGCAGCUAGACUCGGAGCUACAAAAGGAGACCUUAGCCAUCUGGCCUCACCUGUCCCAGAAGAUGCUGGAUCUGCUUGUGCCCAUGCCCAAAGCCUCCGACCUGACUGUGGGCAAAAUCUAUGCAGCAAUGAUGAUCAUGGACUACUACAAACAGAGUAAAGUAAAGAAGCAGAGGCAGCAGCUGGAGGAACAGAAAAAUGCACCCAUGUUCCAGCGUAUGGAGCCCUCAUCUCUGCCUCAGGAGAUCAUUGCUAAUGCCAAAGCCCUACCUUAUCUCCAGCAGGACCCUGUUUCAGGCCUGAGUGGCCGGAGUGGAUAUCCUUCCAUGAGUCCACUCUCCCCUCAGGAAAUAUUCCAGUUGGCUUGUAUGGACCCAGCCGAUGAUGGACAAUUCCAGGAACAGCAAUCUCUGGAGCCAGAGGUUAGUGAAUUAAAAAGCGUGCAGUCCUCUAACCAUGGCAUCUACCUUCCUUCGGAUACCCAGGAGCAUGCGGGAUCUGGGAGGGCAUCCUCUAUGCCACGUCUGACUAUGGAUCCCCAGGUGGUGACAGACCCUAGCUCCAUGAGACGUUCAUUUUCUACCAUUCGGGAUAAGCGUUCAAAUUCCUCGUGGUUGGAGGAAUUCUCCAUGGAGCGAAGCAGUGAAAAUACGUACAAGUCUCGACGCCGGAGUUACCACUCUUCCCUGCGGUUGUCGGCCCACCGCCUGAACUCAGACUCAGGCCACAAGUCUGACACCCAUCGCUCAGGGGGCAGGGAGCGAGGACGAUCCAAAGAGCGAAAGCAUCUUCUCUCUCCUGAUGUCUCCCGUUGCAAUUCCGAGGAGCGAGGGACUCAGGCUGACUGGGACUCCCCAGAGCGCCAUCAGUCCAGGUCACCCAGUGAAGGCAGAUCACAGACACCCAACAGACAGGGAACGGGUUCCCUGAGUGAAAGCUCCAUCCCCUCCGUUUCUGACACCAGCACCCCGAGAAGAAGUCGUCGGCAGCUCCCACCUGUCCCACCAAAGCCUCGGCCCUUCCUUUCCUACAGUUCUCUGAUGCGACAUGCUGGCAGUAUCUCUCCACCAGCUGAUGGAAGCGAGGGUGGCUCCCCUCUGACCUCCCAGGCACUGGAGAGCAACAAUGCUUGCCUGACCGAGUCUUCCAACUCCCCUCACCCCCAGCAGGGCCAGCACUCGUCCCCACAGCGCUAUAUCUCCGAGCCCUACCUGGCCCUGCAUGAAGACUCCCACGCCUCAGACUGUGGCGAGGAGGAGACGCUCACCUUCGAAGCGGCCGUGGCUACAAGCCUGGGCCGGUCCAACACCAUCGGCUCAGCCCCACCCCUGCGGCACAGCUGGCAGAUGCCCAAUGGGCACUAUCGGCGACGGAGGCGUGGGGGGCCUGGGCCUGGCAUGAUGUGUGGAGCUGUCAGCGACCUUCUGAGUGACACAGAAGAAGACGACAAGUGCUAGAGGCUGCUCCCCCCUCCGAUGCAUGCUCUUCUCUCACAGGGAGAAAACCAAGACCGAAUUGGGAAGCCAGUGCGGCCCGGGGGGGAGGAAGAGGGAGGAGGAGGAUGGAAGGACUCCAUGCAUAAUGAGAGAAGAGGAAGCCAAGGACAAAUGGAAAACCAGUCAAAGCCACCAAAUUGCUUUAUUUCCCUUUGCAAGGCAGGCACUGCCAUAGUUCUGCCUCUUUGCUGGGGAAAGAAAACACAGGAAUCUAGAGGGUUAUUCCCAUGGGAGAAGGGACGUGAGGGUGGCUUGCCUUCCCUUGCCCCGUGCCACGUUUCUAUAACCCUUGGAGGGAUCUGGCUGGCCUGUGUCUGUACUCAUUGCCUUGUACAGCCUGGAAGACAAUCUGGCUUUUACCUGGGGAACAGUGGAGACUGACUGUUGGAGAGUAAUCUCCUCCCCACCGGCUCUCUCCCAAGAUCAGCUGGCACCACUGCCACCAGGGCAAAUGCAGUAGCAUCUCAUGUGUUAUCCUGUGGCUUGCUGUCCCCAAAGAAGCACAAGCUAAGUCAGGAGUGUUGGGCACCAAGGGCGGGAGGCAGGGAAGGAGGAAAGAGCUGAAGUGGAAGGAGUCAGGGUGCGGUGGCCACAGCAGCAAGGGCUGGUCUGAGUGAGAAAAGCCAUAGCCCAGCAGCCGUACCAUGGAGGUGAGGGCCAAAGAAACAGAACAGGAGGUGCUGGUAGGUACAGUCCCCGAUCCUGCACCCUCCUAGUAGGUACUACAGUAGUUAGGAUGGGUAAAGGCAGUCCCCAGGGCCCACAGAGGUGCCUGUGGCUCAGGUAAGAUCAACCAACACCUCUGACCAGGGCACCAACCCACGCAGCGUUCAGUCAUGGUGUAGGAGGCCUAUACUGUUCCCAGCAUUGGCUCUUUAGAUGCUGGUCAUGGGGGAACCCCGAGAGUAGGGGUAAUCUAAGGAACUCAAGAUAGAAUCCACUGUCCACCCAGCAUAGAAGAAACUCAGUAUUGGUAACAGUACUGUGUUGGUACCAGCACAUUCUGGCUGAAGGUCAGCCACACUCUGGGCUGGAAGCAGUGGGCCCCCCUGUAUAGCAAGCUAGUGCUGAGCUCAGCUCAGUGAGGCCACGUUCCAGAGGCUCAGCCUUUCCUCCCCUGAGAGGACAGAACACAUGCAUUUAGGGGGCCACCCUCAAUGACCAAACUUCUAUAAAGAUGGAAAAGGCUGAUAAAGAGACACAUCAGUGAGGGUGAGUCUGAGUUGACUGAGGGCCUCCUAUGAUGGAGAACCCUUGGUGUCUGCAGCUGGUUCAGGUUGAGGAUCGGUUGAUCAGGAUGCUAUAAGAUGAUUAGUAAACAUACCUCAGCCUCAACCUAGGCUGCCCCUUCUAGCAAAGUAGGCUCUGAUGGGGCUCACUCGUCCUGAACAUUCCCUGUGCCAGGACUGGGCUUCACCCCUCCCCAGCAUAAAAGCUGGGCAGAAGACAGCCUCAGGGCACUAUGUCAUUCUUAAUUCCCCAAGCAGAGCAGCACUAAGAAACAGAGGGCCCUUUCUUGGUCAGUCAGUGCUGCUUCACUAGACAGUAGAUGGUUCCAUUUUGUGGAACACGUCACAUUUCUGUCUGGUGGCAAUGCAGAUGGCCCUCAGCCUCUCCCUAGUACCAUCACAGUACAUGAAUGAAUGCCCUGGAGAGGGGUGUCAGGCGGGACUGUCCUUUUUCAGCCUGCCAAACAACACCUCCUUGGAUGGGGGAUGGCCUGAGGAGCCUGCACUGAGAGCUCAGCCGAUAGAUGCUCUUUUUAUCCUCCUCCAGCUCAGAGUCCUCUGGAACUCUUGGGUAGGAGCAGUCCUUUUUCUUAGAAGGAACUUCUCUUUUCUUAUGAAGUUGGUUUUCUUUUUUGUGUCAUCCCCCCCACCCGCAGCCCCUAUUAAAAUAGAAAUAUGGCAUAGCUGCCUCAGCUCUGAAAAGCCUAAUUCAGGCUGAGAACCAUUUGUCAUGGCCUGUCUUCUCUUCUAGAUGUCGAUGGAAUCUCAUGACCCGUGGUCAGCCCCAAACCAAAGUAAUCCCAGGACAGGAGGCCAAAGUGGCAGACACAGGUCUCCUUCUCUCACACCCUGUUCCAUUUUCAUUUUCCUCUCCCACUCAGCACUUGUGUGCUUGAGGUCAGCUAGGAAUGAUCCUCACAGGCAUGAUCAUUACAUAAGACUCCAGUGCUGGGCAUGAUAUUGUUUGAAAGGUUUUUUUUCUGCUCAGUCUGAUUUCAUGCCAAAGUGCUGCUAUGGCCUGCUUUGUGUCCACAGAAUUGCUCUUCUCCAUCUUGGACACAGAGCUUUCCUUAGGGGAAGGCCCACAACACGGUGACUAUGCUCAGCCAGUGAGGUUGUUGGAUGGUAUUUGGAGAAAGUGAAUUGCAGUGAUAUUUCAUGCCCUUUCAACAAUAGGAGAAAUGUGGGCUGGCAGAACCAUUACCAAAAAUGGAAUUUGCCUAUGACCAAUAGUCUGAAUACCAAAUUUACUGUGCCGGGAGACCUCCUUGCACAUCUGAACUCCUUGAACACACAAACUUGAGUCCUGAAAAAAGCAUUGUAACAUGCUGCAGAUGUGACCACCUGCCCAAGCACCUGGUUUUUCUAGUGUUAAUGAAAUUAUGAACCUAUUUCUAUUCAACUUCCCUUGAUUAAGAAAUUGGAUUUCUUUUCUCUUAGCUUGCACUUACCUUUCUAUUAAGAAAAUAAAAGAAUUUUCUGUUAAGUCACAAACUUAUCCUAAUCAUCUUUGGUUUCCUACUGUCUUGGUAUAAACAUGAACACCAACUUUCCCCUUUGAAGCCAACCAGGACUUCCCUUUGUAGGUAUUAAGUUAUGUCUCUUUUUCCCUUGAGAAGAGGCCUUUUUCAAAAUUCAUUCUUCUCUUUGCAUUAAGAAUUACAGCAACAUCUUGUGACAUACGCAUGAUAAACUUGAGCACUGAAGGUCCCCUAGAAGAUUCUUUAGUCAGAUAUCCAGUCUCCCUUGCCAGCAUUAGUCAUCUCCUCAAAACAAGGGAGAGUGAGAGAGGAGAGUAAAAGAGGGAAGGAAGAAAAUACACUGCAGGGAGAGAUGCCAAGAUAGGAAGAUGUCAUGGCUAGUUUGUGUUCAGAUAUCCCUCUCUUCAUCCAAGACCCUAGACAGGCUGUGGGUGGGGAACACAGGAAGACUAUAUGAGUACAUAUGGGAGGAGGGGUCCAGCCAAGGUACCCUAUAAUCCAGGGUCAGUGGAUCCUCUGGCAUCCUGUGGGCUCCACAUGAGCCAUAAAGACACUUGUGUAAUAGCAGGCUGUGCAUUUCUUCUAGAUGAGGAAUCUACUUUAGUUCCAGACUUCAUACCAUUCACCGUCCCCAACAGUACUGAAAGCACCAAAAUAUUGUCUGGGAGCUGAUUCCAGAUGUCCUGGAAUUUUCCCUCCCUUGCCUCUGAGGCCACAAAGGGAAGACCUCGUAUUCUACCCUUAGCCAGUGUCUCCCUUCUCUGCACACAUCCACCCCACCUCUCCCUACAGCCUACAAGAUGACUGGAGUGUCCUUGAAUCUCCUAUCCGAGCCUUUGGCUGCAUGUGAGCACAGACCCAACUCCCUGGGUGGUUAAAUCCACCCAAUCCGAGCUUAUUUGCUGGCCUGACUACUUUUCCCAUGUUCUCUGCUAUUAGUAAAUGCUGCAUUCUAAUAAAAUAUAGCCUGGAACUCACCAGAUGAUCUUCACAAGAUGAUCUGAAAUGAGUUCUAAGGUGUGCAUGAACUACCCACAUUUUCUAUAAAAACUCCCUAGAGAAAUUAGGUCUCACCUGGCAUAGGGGGACAAAAUUUUAAAAUAAUUUUGAUUUUUUAAAAAAGAUUCUAUUUUUUUCAUUACAACCAUUUCAUUUUUGGGUACAGUAUUCUUCAGUGGGUGGGACCAGGGACAAGUUGAGAGGCUCCUUUCUUAGCCUGGUUAUCACAGGUUGUAUGUAAAGAAACUAAACAUACAACAGAAGAGAAGCAGAUAGUCUCUUACCUUGCAGAGAUUUUGUGAAAAUGGAAGGUUAAGGAAAUCUCGCUGCUACUUUUGUUCAUCAGUGUCUCACCUGUUAAGUUUUGAGACCCUCAAAGAUUUGAGGCUAGUGUAUUCCCAAAAUCCUGAUAAAGGGAGACAUUGGGGGACUCUUCCCUACCAGCUCUCUCAUCCAGCUUGUCCAUCCUUCUUCCUAGAUCCCAGAGCAUUCAUUGAUUACUGUCCAGGAAUAGCAGGAGAGGACUUUAUGAUACAGGAAAGAAGGAAGAAGUUGACUAAUUUGGUACCUUGUACAUAGCCAAUCAGAACAUGAUGGGUUAAAUCCAAACAAGAAGCCCUAAGGAAUCAGGGCCAGGUUUGGACAAUUUAUCUUUAAAUAACUCCACUCUGAGAUGUUUGUUUUAACUCAGGUGUUAAAACCUAACUUUUCCACAAAGGUGAUCAAAGGAGACCCCACAUUAUUAAGCACUGCUGGUAGUGCAGCUUUUUCUGUUUUUUUUUUUUUUGGGUUUUUUUCUCUCUGAACCACCCAAUACAUUAUAGCCAGGUUUACCCCAAACAGAGGAACAGUCAACGACUCUUGCCCUGUCUUCACUCUGGGGCCACAAAGAGAAGAUUUAUUCCUGGAUGCAGACCACUUGGGUGUUUUAUCAGCUGCCAUGUGCUGCAACUCACCCAUGUACUACGUAACGGAGCAAAGAACUAAGAAAAGAAAGAACUAUCUUGGUUUCUAGGCAAUUUUUUUCCUUUCCUUGAAUCUUUCUUUCCCUUUUGCUUUGAGCCUCUGGAGGCUUAUACAUGUCAUUGAGUUCACACUGAGUGAAAAAGAAUAGAUUCACAAAUUGCCCCAGCAUAUCCUGGAGGGCUCAGAAGGCAUCCUCUGAGUAAGACCCAAGCCAAUUUGAGUAUGAAUGAGGUUCACAAAAAUGUCUAGAGGAAUAGCUAGUGAGGCCAGGGUCUCAACUUCCCUUCUAUUUUUAUAGUUUUCCACCAUAUCCUGCCAUUCUAUAAGUAGGAGCAUUCAUAUGUUGACUUUCUAAAUGCAAAAAGAGACUUUAUAAUAAGCCAUGAUACUAUGUAAAUACAUUCUUGAGGUUUGAAUUCUUCUUUCUUGAGAUAUGAGAGUUGACUAGAUCAGGUAGAAAGAGUGGCUGGAAUUUAUGUUUAUUGUUACUUGGGGGUUUUGUUUGGUUGCCCGAGUUUUUUGUAAUAGACUUGCUCUAGGACAGCAAAGAAGGACAAAUUUGUGCCCUGCAGUCUUCUGAACAUGUUUUUUGAAGGGAUUAAUUUCUGGAAAUUUAGUGUUAUCAUAGUUGAGUCAUAACUCUGUGGUUACAGUACCAACUCUGUCCUGUCCUCUGGCCCCUCCUCCUUUUCUGUCUUGCUACAUAGAUCUCUGACUGUCCCUCUGCACCUCUCUGUCUCUUUUCUUCCUAGAGACUUAAAAUAUAACUUAGAUUAAUAAUAAAAGAAAACUGCCCCAAGACAUCAGUGAAAGCCAAGGAAAUAAUAGAAUAGAUUUUUUUUUCAGGACAUCUUUAAUCAACAAACAAAAAAUUUAUAUCUCAAUAAUAAAGUAAUUUUAAAUGGUGUAGUAAUUUGAUAAAUGAAAAUUAUAGAAAGUCAAAAAUAAUAAAUUGUAUUCCAGCCUUCUGUACUAAUUUGUGCCUUCAGCAAGGGUAUUGCAUCUAUUUUCUUUCCCUUGUUAGGAAAACUGAAAUACUAAUACUUGGGCUAGUUUGUGGGUAUGCUAAGUGUAGUAAUGUGUAAGUUAAAGCACUUACUCUCCACAAAUCAAUCUAAAAGAACCUUCUUGUAUCCCACAAAGGACCUGUAAAUUUCUUGGCAUUGCUAUAAGAAUUUAAUGUUUUUGAAGUAACUUCAUAUUUAGUGGAACCUGAAUCUAAGAUUUCUUUUAAUUUCGCAUUCUAUUUUUCCCAUUUACCCUUCUUUUCUUGUUAGCUGUCUAAUUUAAAAACAGCUCAGACUGUUUUUUCUUUAAUCCAGGAAGGAAAAUGAAGUUUCAAACUAUAAGCUUCCCAGUAUCAUCUUCUCUUUGUGAACACUUAACUCAGCCAUGGGUCAGAUAACCUUAAACACUAUAAAUCCUCAGGGCUGGGGAUACAGCUCAGUGGCACAAGUGCCUGCUUGGUAAGCGCAAGGUCCUGAGUUUGAUUCCUGGUACCAAACAAACAAACAAACAAACAAAAAAAAACCACUAUAAAUCCUCAACCAGGAAUCUUCUCCACCCUGGCAUUGAAAACCUGAGUGAACCUUUCCUUCUUCUUUUGUUCUGAAAAUUUAUUGGAGAUAAAAAUGGAUUGUUUUCUAUGUUCUGGAAGCAUGUACUUGAAUUUGUACCAGUUACUGUAUCCCUCCUUUUCAGUUUACCCACAGUAUGGCCCCCAAACUGAAAAGAAUACUAAAUCAGUCACAUUUUCCAUGUCCGAAUUUGAGCUUAUUUGAUGAGUUGAUUGUCUUCUUUGCAGCAUUCUGAUUUCUUAUGGCAAUGACCUAUACUGCACAAGAAUCAUCACUUAAAGCAAGUACAUUAAAAUAUGGAUAAGGGAUGAGCAGGAAAAACAUAUUCCAAAAUUUUAAGGUGCCAUUAAUCAACUUUCUAAAAGAAAGGUAAUAUGAAAUGAGGGCUAAAUAAUGUAAUCUAACUGCCAACUAAAGUAUACAGUAGUUCUGGUCUUAGUUGCAUUUGAUUUGGAGUUGUUUAACAUUAGGCAGAUCCCAGUGGAUUGAGUAAAAAUGUAGGUAUUGAAUUUUAAUGGCUACUAAUGGGAAUAUAUACUUAGCUUGAGGGGUGAACUUCAGUCAGUGUUUUUGUAUCCUAGAGUUUUGUGAAUAAGCCAAAAUUUAUACAAAAGCCACCUUAAGUGCUGUAAUUGCAGAGAAACUUUUGUCUUGGUGAUAUUAGGGCAGUCCAAGUCCACUCAAACUGAGUCCAGGAUUUGGAACUCACCCAGAAAAACAAAUGGAGAAACAUUUAAUGUACCAAGCAAGUUUGCUACUUUAUAGCUAAGACAACUGGGCAGGGUAGGAAGACAAACUGUAGAAAAAGACAAGACUGAGGUGUAAGAAAUUAGCAAGUGCCAGAAGAGGACAGGCUUAGAGAUAUCUAACCUUGGGUCCUCCUUUUACUUAAAUCAUGUGUAAGCUCUAGUGUGACACUGAAUUCAGAGAGGUUUUUUCCACUAAACUCACCUGGGGUAGUGGACUUGAGUCUUUAGAAGAUUAGUAGAUUCCUGAAACUCUUUUCCACAUCUAUAGAGAGAGAGAGAAAGGGGGUUCUUGCUUUAAAUCGGCUCAAAGGCAAUCCAUAUUUCAGUGACUCUUCAGUAAAGUAGAGUUGAUAAUGAAGAGAUUACAUUUGCCCUCUGAGUGGUAUAAGCAUCAUGAGAGGGAGAAGAACUGGUGAAUGGGACAGAGGAUGAGCUUUAUCAGGAAUACAUUUCAAACUGUAUGGUACACCAGUACUAUCCUUAGGGAUAACACUGGAAGGAGGUAGAUGACAAAGUGUUCAGCUCAUAGCCUCUGUCCUGUGAGACCCUAGGCCUGGUCAUUUUCUCCUUGAUUUGCUUUUAGAGGAUUACCAUUGAAGAUGGGAUCAAGAGGGAAACAGGGUGCUCUGCCUCGGGCUGUACAAAUGCUUCCACUUGCAUUCGAAGACAUGUGCAAGUGAAGUUGUAGGAAGCACAUGCUUAUGGGCUGAUGCCCCAGUGGGCCAGCCUGAGACUCCUGCAGCACCUUUGGUUGGAUGGCAGCCAGAGCUGCCCACCCAAGUAUCAGUGCAUCACUCCUAAAGCCAGAGUUCAGCACUGCAUGUCAAUCAGGUGGAUAUCCUGUAAUAUAAAUGCUCAUUUGGAUCCAAAAGGAAAACCAUUACAAAUAAGAGAAAGAUGAACAACUUUAAUGUUUUUUGGGGGUCAAAGAAAAGAAUAAAUAAAACCUUGUUGUAAAGAA